AUGAAGCUGUCUGGGCUUACAGAUUUGGACAAAGAGGCUCUGGGUUUGGUUGUCAAGGCUGCAGCUGUUAUGGAUGACAUUUUUCAUCUACAGUCAUGGUACAGUAAUCCAGCUCUUAGAGAUUGGUUGAAGGAGCAUGCUGAUACAUCAGAGUUAAAUAAGUUGAAAUGGUCCUAUUAUCAGAUUAACAAGAGCCCAUGGUCUUGCCUUGAUGAAGAUGAGGCAUUUUUGACAACUGCAGAUUCAGCAGUAAGGUUGUUCAGUAAUGCAACUAGGAUAGUAAGAGAUUGGAAGGGUGUGGAAUAUAAAGCAGCAUUUCCCAUGCUGAAACCUGCUGGUGCUAAUUUCUAUCCACCAGACAUGGACAAAAUGGAGUUUGAAUUAUGGAUGGACAGUCUAGAAAAGGAUGAACAGAAAGAGGCAACAGGAUUCUUCAGUGUUAUUAAAAGGCACAGUGAAUUUAUUUUAGAUUCUCAUCAAUCUGAUAACAAAGCAGGUUCUCAUGAUCUAUAUAUAAUUCCUUACUGUGAAGAGUACCAGUCUCUUCUUGCAAAUGCUGCUGAUUUAUUGCAUAAAGCUGGGGACAUUACCAACUCUCCAAGUUUGAAGAGGCUGCUACAUAGCAAGGCUGAUGCUUUCCUUUCAAAUGAUUAUUAUGACUCAGAUAUAGCUUGGAUGGAAUUGGACUCUAAAUUCGAUGUCACUAUUGGGCCAUAUGAAACUUAUGAGGAUAAACUUUUUGGAUAUAAGGCUACCUUUGAAGCAUACGUUGGAAUCAGGGACGAUGAAGCAUCAGCUCAAUUGAAACUCUUUGGUGAUAAUCUGCAGCUUCUGGAGCAAAAUCUCCCUAUGGACAGUGCAUACAAAUCAAAAGAUGUGAAGGCAGCACCUAUCCGUGUUAUCCAACUUCUAUAUAAUGCAGGGGAUGUCAAGGGACCACAAACUCUUGCUUUCAAUCUACCAAAUGACGAGUGUAUUGUGAAAGACCGGGGAUCAUCAAUGGUCAUGCUUAAGAAUGUUUCAGAGGCCAAGUUCAAGCAUAUUCUUCUUCCUAUAGCUGCUGCCUGUGUAGCAGAGGAGCAACAAGAACAUGUAGAUUUUGAAUCAUUCUUCACUUUCACAAUUUGCCAUGAAUGCUGCCAUGGAAUUGGACCGCAUACCAUAAUACUUCCAAAUGGCCAAAAAUCUACUGUCAGAUUGGAAUUACAAGAACUUCACUCAGCUCUGGAAGAAGCAAAAGCUGAUAUAGUUGGCCUUUGGGCAUUGAGGUUUUUAAUCUCCCAGGAUUUUCUUUCUGAAAGUUUAUUGAAGUCAAUGUAUGUUUCUUUUCUUGCUGGAUGCUUCCGUUCAGUACGUUUUGGUUUAGAGGAAGCUCAUGGAAAAGGACAAGCAUUGCAGUUCAACUGGUUAUACGAGAAAGGAGCCUUUGUCUGGAAUUCUGAAAGCAAAAUUUCGGUUGAUUUUACCAAGAUUGAAGAAGCAGUUGAAAGCUUGAGUAGGGAGAUACUCACCAUACAAGCCAAAGGUGAUAAAGAGGCUGCUGGUUUACUUCUCCAGAAAUACUGUGUGUUGACCGAACCACUGAAAGUUGCUCUAAAAAACUUGGAAAAUAUUCAGGUUCCUGUUGAUGUAACACCUACCUUUCCCAUUGCCAGCAAAAUACUACAAUGA